AUGCAGCAGAAAGGCAUUAUGCUGAUUUUCUUCUUGGAAUAUUUUCUUUCUGGUCAUGGGGAAGCAGACCCCAUGAGGCUCCGAUCCUUCCGUUGCAACGGCCGUUCUUGCAACCCUCCAGUGGGAAACCUUGCAAGAGGGAGGACACCAGUCACUCUCACCACGUGUGGCCAGAACAGUACAGAACUGUACUGCUUCUACCCAGACCAGCAUCUCCUCCACCAGGUCUCCCAUGGCUGUGGGCAGCCUCGGUGCACCAAAUGCAAUGCCAACCAGCCUGAUAACUCCCAUCUCCCUGCUGACAUGACAGACGAUUUCUUUGCAAACCCCACCUCCUGGUGGCAGUCUGCCCAAGGGGUACACAGGGAAGAAAUCAGACUGGACUUUGAAACAGAAUUCUACCUGACCCAUGUCAUUGCUGUGUUCAAGUCACCUCGCCCAGCUGCGAUGGUGUUGGAAAGAUCCCAGGACUAUGGGCAGACUUGGAGGCCCUACAAGUAUUUCUCUGUCAACUGUACAGCAACUUUUGGGCUCCAGGAUGAUCUCACUGAGGAGGGCUCCAUGUGCACCUCCAGGUAUUCAGAUGCAGUGCCCUGCACCAGAGGAGAGGUGAUUUAUCGUGCCUUAAGUCCGGCUAACAAGAUCGAAGACCCCUAUAGUCCUGAGGCUCAAGAUCUCCUGAAACUCACCAACCUCCGCCUCCUUUUGUUAAAAAGACAAGAAUGUCCAUGCCAUGGUUCAGGAUCGGUAGAGAAGCCUCAGAGAUUUGCCCACUAUGCUAUUUAUGACCUGAUCAUCCGGGGCAGCUGCUUUUGCAAUGGGCACGCAGAGCAAUGCGAGCUUGCCAACAGGACAGGAGUCAUCGAGAGCAUGGUCCAUGGGAAGUGUGUAUGUAGACACAACACAGCAGGGGACCACUGUGAGAAAUGUGCACCCCUAUACAAUGAUCAGCCUUGGAAGCCAGGAGAUGGAAAAACAGGGGCACCAAAUGAAUGCAGAAAGUGUCGCUGUCACAACCAUGCUGACAGCUGCCAUUUUGACCUGAGUGCCUGGCUGGCAUCAGGAAAGAGCAGUGGUGGAGUCUGUGACAACUGCAAGCACAACACGGAGGGACAUCGGUGUCAGAGGUGCAAACCGGGGUAUUACCGAGACCAUGGGAAGCCCAUGUCUUCUCCUGAGGUCUGCAAACCUUGCUCCUGCCAGCCAAUGGGUUCAGCCAAUGCAACUUUCAGCAGAAGCUGGAGAUGCCACCCCAAGACUGGAUUCUGCUACUGCAAGCCAGGUGUGGCAGGUCCCAACUGUGACAGAUGUCUCAUGGGCUACUGGGGCUUUGGAGAAAACGGCUGUCGCCCUUGUGACUGUGCCAGAGACUGCGACCAGCAUACUGGGAACUGUUUCAAUGGCUAUGACAAUGAGCCAUUCUUUAACAUCCCCAUUGGGGGACGAAUCCCUGACCUUGUGCAACUGCCAACCAACGAGAGUGAGGAGGAGUGGAAAUGGAAUGACCAUGAGCAGGGAUUUUCUGCACUGAGGCACCCAGAAAAGUGUGUGUGCAAAGAAAAGGUGCUUGGAAGUGUCACUGACUUCUGCCAAAUGAAAUAUGCUUAUGUGAUAAAAGCAAGAAUCCUAUCAGCUCAUGACAAAGGGACCCACGCAGAAGUUGUUGUGAAAGUGAAGAAGGUUCUGAAAGCAGGCAAAGUGAAAAUUGCUCGAAGCAACAGAAGCAUUUACCCAGAAUCUUGGACCAACAGGGGAUGUACUUGUCCCAUUCUCAAUCCAGGUACUGACUAUCUUAUAGCAGGCCAGGAGGACUCUAGGACCAGCAAACUCCUUGUGAAUAUGAACAGCCUGGUGAAACCCUGGAAAGCAUAUUUGGGAAAACAAGUAUCAGACAUUCUUCGAACUGGGUGCAAAUAA